AUGCGAUUCAUCAAUACCACCACACUACAAUUUGAGGAAGUAGCCGACUCGGAACUUGGCAAAGAGUUCCAGGGAAACAAAUAUGCAAUCCUCUCACACAGAUGGGCCGCCGCCACGGACGAAGUAUCGUACGCAGAUAUAGCCGAGGCACGCAACUUCUACGACAAGCCAGGCUAUGCGAAACUCAGAGGCUUCUGCGAUUUGGCUGCGUCCCUUGGCUAUCGCUAUGGUUGGGACGACACCUGCUGUAUCAACAAGCGGGAUUUGAACGAAUUGAGCGAGGCGAUCAACAGCAUGUAUCGUUGGUAUCAGGCCAGUGAUCUGUGCAUUGUCUAUCUGGAGGAUGUGGGUCCUGACAGAAAGUCCAUGAUGGAUUCCGCUUGGUUCGACCGGGGCUGGACUUUGCAGGAGCUCAUCGGACCUGAGCGAGCCGGCUUCUACGAUUGUCGUUGGGCACAUCUGGGAAUGAAGACCGAUCUUCUCCACGAAUUAUCGACAAAGACCGGUGUUCCCGAAGAUGUUCUGAGCAAUACCGUCAGUCCUGCCAGCUGUUCUGUUGCUCAGCGGAUGUCAUGGGCUGCGAAGAGGACGACGACCAGGAUCGAGGACAGAGCCUAUUCGCUUUUGGGGAUCUUCGGCGUCAACAUGGGACAGAUCUACGGAGAACGCGAGAAGGCAUUCCGCCGUCUACAGCAAGCUAUCGUCCUUCAAGGCAAGGACGAGUCGAUCUUUGCGUGGUCAAUGAGCAAUGAGCAACGCACUGCCGGGCUGUACGCCCCCUCGCCCGAAUCUUUCGCCGGUUGCGGCGACACAAUCAGCACGCGUGGUUCAAAGGGCUUCUCGGAGAACAACGGCGAAGUCUCGAUCAGUCUCAAGACCUUUCCUCACAGCAUGGAGACUUACUAUGCUCUCCUCAACUGCACGCGCAAACCUUGUCCCGACUCCAAGGUAGCGAUUGUCGUUUCGCGAACUUCGACUGAAACCGAGGAUGAGUACAUCCGAAUCAAUGGGUCGUAUGCUGGUGGCACACUGCUCCUUGGUAAUUCAGACCAGGAUAGUCUUCAUAUACGGCCGAUUCGCGUGCCCAUCGAUCCCACCACCGAGCAGCCUCUCGAUCGCUACUAUGGGUUCUGGCUCCGGAACAUCGCCCCUCCUGGUCAUGAUGAUUGCCAGGUACGAAUCCUCUCGAAAGGCGGCAAUCAAUCCGAGGCAGAUCGAGUCCAUAUCGGACCGAAGGACUGGGGCAGUGCUGGAGUUGUCUACAUCGAGCCGAAGGUCAAGACAGAAGGACAACUCCAGAGUGAAAAAGCCAAGGGCUGGUCUCGGGUCCGCUGGCUCAAGCUGGGAUUCGACGAAGAUUUCAACCCAAUGCUGCUCCUGGCAAACAACCACGGGCCCAAGAAGUCCGCGCCGACACAAUUCAGACGUGAUGAGGAUCUGUUUGAUCAAGCUUGCGCGUGGGGGCCGACUUCCAAGCCACAUCAGGAGAUCUUCGAUAACCAGUGGCUAUCAUGCACAGCAGGUGUCCCCAGCAAGUCAUAUGGGUGGUCGAGAGGAAUUUCGAUCCUUCAGGUAGACAAGAAGAAAGGCAUGUCCGGCACCCUCAACGCUCUGAACCUGCGCAUCGACAUCAAAUUAGUGUCGGAUAUCAGCCCCAGCAGCAUGUCAUCGCGAAGCUCCAGUGAGGGCGCGAGGAAAAUCUGGGCUGUGGACAUAACUUGCGAUAUGUCGGGCACGGACCCGGAGCAGGCGCUGAAGGACAAGGAGAAGGCGGACGACUGUGACGAGUGCAUCGCGUGUUGUUGUUCUAAUAACUGGAGUGCUGAUACUUUGGACCCGGUGGGUGAUCGGAUGAAGCUGGAGGCUAGACAGCCCAAGCUCAUAACAAAUUCUGACUUGACGCGGCAUCCUUGA